UUAUACUUAUAAUAUUAUUAAAGAAGGUCAAUAUCCGCCCGCUACUUAUCUUAAAUAUACACAGCGCAAAAAUGGAUUUCAGAUUCCUGACAAUUAUGAAGUUGAGUCAAUUUUAAAAUCAUUUGGUAAUUUAACUUCAACUGGACAAAAUAAUAGAGCUAAAAAAAUUGCAAACUCUAUACAUACAAUAUUUGAUCAAAUAGCAAAUAAGAAUUGUCAUCUGGAAGAUGAACCUACAUUAAAAUCAAUUGAAUUUGAUAUUAAUUAUAAAUCUUUCUACUUUGAUGUUAAUGAAAAGAGUAAUGAGGACAAUAAAUAUAAAGCAAGAGCAGUUGUUAAAGCCUGUAAUAAAAGUCAAAUUACAUAUGAAGGAUAUCGUACUUUAGCUUCAAUUAGCUAUGAUUUGCCACGUGAAUGGAAAGUAUCAUUAGAAAGAAAAGAUAUUACUGAUGAAAUAAAUAAAGCUAUAUCUAUUUUAACUAUUAAUUUAGCAUCACCAAUAUUAGAUGAUUCUAUAAAUUCAGAAAUUCAUAUUAAUGAUACAGAAAUAAUUAAUAAUAUGCAAUCAAUAAUUGGAAUAGACAAAUUACAGCAGCCAAAAAGUUAUACUACAAUUUUAUAUUCCAGCAAUGAGAAAUAUGAAACAUUAUAUAUUGCACUACAGCAUUUAAUUGUCAAAUUAAAAAAGUUUAAGGAAGAUGGAUUAAAUGAUAAUCAGGAUCCCAAUACUGAUGCUACACAAUUUUCUAAAGAUGCACGAAAAUGGCUAUAUGAGUUUUUAGAAUCAGAUUUUUAUCAAACCAGCGAUAAAACACCAUAUAUACAUGUAUUAGUGUAUCAUGUUCUAGAAUUAAUGCAUAUUCAUCAUAAAUUUGGCUUAGCAGCAUUUUCUUGUUCAGCUGUAGAAAAGAAAAAUCAUCAACAAGUCUCUUUUUUUUUAAAAAAACAACAAAAGAUGGAAGAAAUGGAAAUAAAUCAGCAAUUAUAA